GUGGACACGUGACGCCACGUCACGUGAGCUGCGGAACAACAAUCCGUCCGCAAGUGUCAUGGCGGCAGCAGACGCGUCUUUUAUGAAGUUGUAACAAGUCUUAGCCCUAAAGGUCAUCAAGUGGCGAAAGUAGACGCAAAACGCGGCCGAGCAGGACGACUUUAGACGGCUUGUGCGCGCGCGAGAGGCCAAGUGGACAAACGGUCUCUUCGUCUGACUCUUCCUGCGAGGAAGUGGCCUCGAUGGCGUCUUGACGGCUGCGCUCAUGUUCCCGAGGAAGAAGAUCCGCGAGUUUCAUCAGGGAGGGGCGUAGCCACGGUGUCGACACGCCCACUUCGUUUUGACGUCACGCGGUCCGAGCCACCUGCGGGUCGUUUCCGCCAGGCCACUGUAUUAGGUACGCCUGUCAAUAAAGCCCACUUCCUGUGCCCGCGCCAUGUCUCUGGAGGCGCCCGCGUCGGACUCGGCGCCGUUCUUGUCUGACGACAGCGAGGCGGAGGGUACGGAGGAGGCGGCGGAGAGGGAGGAGCCUGCGAGCGGCGUGUCGGCCACGCGCGCGGUGGUGACGGUGCUGGUCCUGUGCUACAUCAACCUCCUCAACUACAUGGACAGGUUCACGGUGGCAGGCGUUCUUCCCGACAUCGAGCAUUACUUCGGGAUCGACGACGGCAAGUCGGGCCUGCUCCAAACGGUCUUCAUCUGCAGCUACAUGGUCCUGGCGCCGCUCUUCGGUUACCUGGGCGACAGGUACAACAGGAAGUGGAUCAUGAGCGGCGGCAUCGCCUUCUGGUCCCUGGUGACGCUCGCCAGCUCCUACACGCCCAAGGAGCACUUCUGGGCGCUGCUGCUGACCCGCGGCCUGGUGGGCGUGGGCGAGGCCAGCUACUCCACCAUCGCGCCCACCAUCAUCGCCGACCUCUACGUCAAAGAGACCAGGACCAACAUGUUGUCCGUCUUUUACUUCGCCAUCCCGGUGGGCAGCGGUCUGGGCUACAUCGUGGGCUCGCAAGUCAGCAACGUGACGGAGGACUGGCACUGGGCACUGCGGGUGACCCCAGCGUUGGGGCUGCUGGCGGUGCUGCUGCUGCUCCUGGUGGUGCAGGAGCCCAAACGAGGCGCCAUAGAAGCCCGGCGCCAACACGAGCUGCACCGGACCAGCUGGCUGAGCGACCUGCGGGCCCUGAGCACCAACACCACCUUCAUCUUGUCCACCCUGGGCUUCACGGCCGUGGCCUUCGUCACUGGCUCGCUGGCUCUGUGGGCCCCCACCUUCCUGCUCAGAGCGGCGGUGUACACGGGGGAGCGGGUGCCCUGCAUGGAGGGUCACUGCUCGUCCUCUGACAGUCUCAUUUUUGGCGUCAUCACGUGUGUCACGGGUGUGCUGGGCGUGGCCAGCGGCGUGCAGGCCAGCCGCCUGCUGAGGACCAGGACAGCCCGGGCGGACCCGCUGGUCUGUGCUGCUGGUCUGCUGAUGUCGGCGCCUUUCCUCUACCUGGCUGUCGUCUUCGCUCAGGCCAGCACCGUGGCCACCUAUGUGUUUAUUUUCCUGGGAGAGUGUUUCCUGUCCAUGAACUGGGCCAUCGUAGCAGACAUUCUUUUGUAUGUGGUGGUUCCUACUCGACGCUCCACCGCAGAGGCUCUACAGAUCGUCAUCUCACACCUGCUAGGAGAUGCAGGAAGUCCCUAUCUGAUAGGAGUGGUGUCAGACGCCCUGAGGAAGAGGGACUCCUUCCUGUGGCAGUUCCGCUCUCUGCAGAUGUCGCUGCUGCUCUGCUCCUUUGUGGCCGUGGGGGGCGGAGCUUUCUUCCUGGCCACCGCCCUCUUCAUCGAAAGAGAUCGCCAUCGAGCGGAGAACUUCCUGUCCACAGACGAGGAGCCCAUCGUGGUGCCACAAAGUGGGCGCUCCACUCGGGUGCCCGUGUCCAGUGUUCUCAUCUGACCACUCUUACUUUUUUACCCACUCAAUAAACCACCGCAACUUUUA